ACGAUGGUGCAGCUGCUGAAGCUGGAUAAAAGGAAAGAAACGGAAAUGAAAUGAGAUUUUGAAAAAUAAAAAAAGAAGAAAAUGUUGAAGUGGGAGUGAACAAAAUAUGGAUGUAGUAACCUUCGGAAUCAUAGUGGGCAUUAUCAUCCUUUUCUUAGUAAUUGUUUGCUACAUCACCAUCGAAGGCACCUGCAAGUCACGCUCCUAACACACUCAAUUCAUGGCAUUGCUCUUACUCCCUUUCAUUCUUCUGUCCUGUUUGGAUCUGGGAAUACCUCAUCCCGAUCAGGGUCACUCCCAUUCUGUCUUCUGUGCAUCCAACGCUCAUCAUCAUCAUCAUGAACCCCAUCACCAUCACCACUGUGGUGGAGAUGACCAUGUCCAUGAUGCGCCCAAGCUUCCAGAAGAGAUAGCGGAGGAGGAGGAUAUGAAACUGUAUGGGUUUGGGGUACCCCAUCACCAUGACCAUGACCAUGAUCACCUUGUUAGGGCUACAGAACUAUCGGGCUUAGGUCUCUGGUUGAAUGCAUUGGGCUGUUCAUUUCUGGUAAGCAUGGCUUCUCUAGUUUGCCUGAUUAUUCUGCCUGUAAUUUUUGUACAAGGGAAACCUUCAAAGGCUGUUGUUGAUUCAUUGGCUUUAUUUGGGGCAGGAGCUAUGUUGGGGGAUGCUUUUCUUCACCAAUUACCACAUGCUUUUGGUGGUGAACACUCCCAUUCUCAUGGUAACCAUGGAGACCAUGACCAUGAUGCUAAUUCUGGACAUGGUCAUUCGCAUUCUUUAGCUGAUCUUUCUACAGGAAUAUCCAUCCUUGCUGGAAUUGUACUCUUUCUUCUUGUGGAGAAGGUAGUGAGGUAUGUUGAAGAAAACUCAGGAGGAGCUAAUUCAUGGACACAUGGACAUCACCACCAUAACCACCAAAAAAAGAAAAAAUUGAAAGAUGAUAACAAGUCUACUAUCCACUUGCCAUCAGAUAAGGCAUCACAUGACUCUUCAAAGGGAGAUAAUUCAGCUCAAUCUGAAUCCUCACUUAGAAAGAGAGUUGGAAGCAAUGCAUCCAAAGGUGAUAAUCUGGAUGCUAGUGCUGUAGAUGGCUCCACAGAUAACAUCAAAUCCUUGAAUGUUAAGGAACCAGUUAGAUCACCAACAAGCCUUGUAUUUGGUUAUCUCAAUCUUUUCUCUGAUGGAGUUCAUAAUUUCACCGAUGGAAUGGCAUUAGGAAGUGCAUUCAUGCUUUAUGGAUCUGUUGGUGGCUGGUCUAGAACUCUGUUUUUGCUGGCACAUGAGCUCCCUCAAGAGGUUGGUGAUUUUGGCAUUUUGAUAAGAUCUGGUUUCAGCAUACCAAAGGCUUUGUUCUUCAACUUUCUAUCAGCACUUGUGGCACUUGCAGGCACCGCAUUGGCUCUGCUAUGGGGGAAGGAUCCUGGACAGUCAUCUUUGAUUGAAGGGUUUACAGCAGGUGGAUUUAUAUACAUCGCAAUUGCAGGAGUACUUGCAGAAAUGAAUAGCAGUGGAAAUACAACAUUAAGAAGUACAAUUGUCCAAAUAAUAUCACUGACAUUGGGCAUGGCUGUUGCCCUUGGUAUUUCCCUUGUAGAAUGAAUGAAAUAUGUUCUUUUUAGGACUUGCAUAUCUUGAUUCGUGAUGUGCCAAUUAUUUCACCACAAUUAUGCAACAUGUCUAAAAAUGUUCUUUUUAUUUGCUUUUUACAAAAUUGUGAACCCAAAAACUUUUAGGAGAGGAGAACUGAAGAGAAAAUGAUAGAUCACACAGAAUGGUCAGGCUUAAACUUAGUGAUGAUUCCUUUCACCCUUACACAUUGAACUUUGUACAGUAAAUUUUUGUUUUUUACUGUCGUUAUUGUUAACCUAACAAAAGCCGAUUGUCUUUGUCAAACUAAGUAUCUUGUAACAUUUUUAUCUCUUUUGAGCUGUAUAGCUGUCAAUGCUUUGCCCUUUCUCAUACACGUAAGAUCAAAACAGUAAUCGUGUCUGAUUGAUGUUGUACGCUUUUUCUUCCUUUGUCGUUUUGUUUUUUGUUUUUGCUAUCUUUGUAAUUAUUUUUCUUAUUCUAUUACAAUGAAAAAUGAGCACGCCUGCAGAGU